UUCACUCAUCCCCAUUGAGCAAAAUCUCAUAGGUUCAUACCGGGGUAUUGGCACUCGACAUGUCUCCAGGAUUCGUUCGUAAUACCGAAUAGAGUCGAGAUCGAAACCCAAUCUCACAAGUCUCCCGAGGUGCUAAAGAUCGUGUAAGGCUGAUGUAGCUAACAUAUGGACCUUAUUCCAAGGUACGCAAACAGGUAAAAGCGUUCCUGGCAGGCGGCCUGAGUUUGUUAGUGGAUGAGCCCAGGAGUGGGGCAGGAAGCGGAAGCGGACUUCGGCGUUCGGCUCAACUCAUAUCCCUGUCCCCGCCUGAGAGCCACACGCAAGCCACAUGCAAGCCUCAGGAUCACCUCCAGCCGGCAUGACAACAUUGGAGGCUGUCGUCAGCAGAAGCGGCCGGACUUCAACGUCUUUGCCUUGAACUCCGUUCGCCCACCUGCAAUGCCGCAAGGUCCUCGAACGUCGCCCACACCUUCCAAGGCCCAAACCCGGCGGGUUUCGAAGUCCAAUCCUCUCCUGUUCACCCAUCGCUCAUUGUUCCCCCUUCCCACUUCCCUUCUCGUUGGUCUCACACUUUCUGCACUCCAUCCAAACGCAAACGGCAUUUGCGAUACCAAACGGACAUCUGAAGCCCGUCCAACGCUUGGUGUGUGUGUAUGUGUUGUUUCGUUGGCUGCGAAUAUCGUGAGACAACAGAUACAGAGAGAAAGACACACAAGCGAGAGAUUGAUCGCCUGCAGCCGGAAAGCUUAGCAGGGCGAUUUUUUUUGCCCGCCACCAACCCCGGGACCUGGCCUGGCACCACCGUGACCAUCACGCAACACAUACGCCCCUCAACCAAGUCCGCUUGUCGCCCGCAACCCCGGGGCAAGGCUUUCCGGAUUCUCGGCCCGC